GAGCUAUCGCGACGCGGUUUAUUCGUCUGCCGCUCGUCGACGAAAGCGAUCGCUACCUCUGAAAGGAAACGCGUCCCGCCAACGCAACUUUGUGAAUUAAAAAGAAAGUUUUCAACGUUGAAUGUAUAUACCGUAAUGAUGACAACUAUGUUAGAAGUUAGCGGUCCACCCUCACCGCCGUCAACGCCGCCGUUGAUGGAUGAUAAAAUCGAUCUUCCGCUGAAGAAGUUGGCGCUGAAGCGGGCCCGGGAGUCUCCACCGGCCGGCCUGGUCACCCCUCAGCCGUCGGACUCGGAGGGCGAGGACGAGUUCGCCAAGCGAUCCCGAUGUGAACUGGCCAGGCUGCUCCUCACCACUCCGCCACCGGAGCCCGGCGUCAGGCCCUCGGUCAUCAUGAGGGCUCACAAAGACGGCACCUGCAGUCCCGAGCCUCUCCAGCCGCCCCCACAGACCAUGAAUAUACUAAAAACGCUCAAAUUUAAAAUGAACCGUGGUCACAGUUAUUCCCAAACCAAAUACAUCGCCAGUCAGGCCCAGGCCCCCCCGCCCCCCAGUAGCGAGGUGCACGAGGCCCGCGCGCCGUGUCCGCGCGUGCCGCCGCUGGCGACGUCUCCGGCGGCGGCGCCCGGCCUGGCGACGUCGCCAGGCUGGGUGCCGCUGGCCCCGCGGCCGGCGGCGGCCGUGUUGGUGCCGGGCUCGCUGCUGCCGGCGGCGUCGCUGUGGCUGGUGUCGCCGGCGCCCGCGGCCCGGCGCCGCCUCUACGAGUGCUCGCACCCCGGCUGCGGCAAGAACUACUUCAAGUCGUCGCACCUGAAGGCUCACGCGCGCACGCACACCGGCGAGCGACCGUUCCGCUGCGCGUGGCCCGGCUGCGAGCGACGGUUCUCCCGCUCCGACGAACUGUCCCGCCACAAGCGAACCCACACCGGAGAGAAGAAGUUCGUCUGUCGCGUGUGCAACCGCCGCUUCAUGCGCUCCGACCACCUCGCCAAACACGUGAAGCGGCACGCCAAGGAGAGGACGGCCCAGCCGCCGGUCCUCAGGAUCCUGCCGACGCCCCGAGCCCUCCCGGUGCAGGCGCAAUAACCGAACUGUGAUUUGAUCUCAUGAUCCUAGAUGUACAACGCUAAAGACUGUCCUACUACUUAAGCUUUACGUAAGAAUAUAAAGAGAUUGUUUUAUAAA